AACCUGAAGCUCCGAAAUCAUACGACAGCCGUACCUCACUUUGCAACAUCCACUCCCCCAACGACCACACGUCAGAACCACCGCAACAAUGGCCUCCUUCGUCGCCCGCCGCGCCUUCUCUACCACGGUCCGCCGCUUCACCCAGCAGGAGCAGGCUCAGGCCAAGCAGCAGCUCACCCAGGAGUCCAAGCGCAACCCCGAACUCAUCAUCCUCGGUGGUGUCAUGGUUGCUGCCCUUGGCGGUGCAGGCCUCUACUUCGGCCGCACCCCCACCUCCUCUACCUCCGAGAGCCCCGUCCUGAAGGCCGGUAUGCCCUGGGAGAACGACGGUGAGGGCAAGUACAAGUACCACCCCGGCGGCAACCCCAACAACGAGCCCAAGGAUGCUCCCAGCGCCGUCAACACUGUCAUCGUCCCCAACGUCACUCUCCCCAAGGAAUUGCACGACAAGUACAACAAGUGGGGCAAGGACGGCUACCCUUAAAGAACUACCCAUAGAUACCUGUUGUUGAGAAGACGUUUUCUUGCGCGAGCAGUGCAGAGGGCGGAAGGUGGUUUUUAUGUUUAGAUAAGGAGAAUUCAGAUUUUACCACAAUUUCUACCUUGCGAUACCAUCUCACCACCACCUUCAUCGCGCAGCAGUAACAACGCCGCUCGGCGUUACGCGUUCAUAUGACUGAUGCUGUGAUAAUUAAGCGGGAUGAAAUCGCAUUCGUGCUUAUUUCUUUACUCUCUCGUUCGCAUCAGAAUCUCAUUGGCAUGCAAUUAACUCAUGAGGGCGUGUAAAAGUACUCCUGACCAGAAGAAAAAGACAGCGAUGUCUUUCAGUUGUGCCCACAACUCCGCCAACACCGCCACCACCACAAUCCACAACUGGGCCCCUCCGCCUCUCCCGUCCAUGUGCUCUCC